UUUAAAAUUAUAUUGAGGAGAGUGCUAUAUUGAGGAGAGUGCUUAUGAGUGUGUGUGUUAUUUUAAUAAGUUAUUAUUUUGUCGGGCACAGCCGGGGCCGAGCGGGGGUGGGUUACCUGAUGGAGCGUGAGCAUACGGCGUGUCUGGUGUUACGGUACCGCGGUAAGGUCCCGGGCUUUGGAGAAUCAGCAAAGGCCUUAGAACCCUGUGUCUGGUGCGGUACUGCGCUAAGGUCCCCGCGGGCUCGGAUAAUCCUCGGAGAGAGCGAUGCCGGAGAGCUGAGAGCCGUGCCGCGGCGCGAGUCUGAUGCCGGCGAGCUGAGAGCCGUGCCGCUGCGCGAGUCUGUGACAAACUCUGAGAGACUGAGACUCUGGGAGAAAAUGAUAAAGUUGGAGCGAAGAAUGAGAGGAGGAGGAGGUGGAGGGUCUGUCGUCCAAUAAAAACGCUUGGCGCUAGUUUUGACAAUGUAUGUGUGUUUCUUCCUCACGCAGGCGUUUGUAUUACAUCAGCGUAUGGUGCCACACUUUUGAAGGCCGUCUCUAACGACUUGGGCCAUACAUGCACCCCCAGUAAAAUCAGUUUGAAGCUUUGUUCCCCGUAUAUGACCUCGCACAAGUACAGAUAUGAGUGCACCUGGUUAAUUGCAAUUAAAUAAUCUAGUAAAGACACGCAAGCGUAUUACAUCAGCGUAUGGGGCCAUACUUUUGAAGGUCGUCUCUAACGACUCGGGCCAUACAUCAAGUUGGAUACCUCGGCUCCCAGUAAAUCCUGUUUUUCGUACAUGACAGUACAGAUAUGGGUUAACAGAGAAACGAUAUGACUGCAGCCGGUUGAUAUUGCGGCGAGCGGGGGGGCCUAUUCCUCCUAGGGCAGAGGCACAAGUAUCUUCGAGGUCUUACCCUUCCUGCCAGCCAAAGAGCCACAAGUUUCAUCCAGGCCUUACCCGAGCGAGAGUGCGCUGACCGGUCAAGAGAAAAUCUACAAGAGACCUGAAUCAACAGGUAUGGACGGAGCAUCACCACCACCGGCUAUACCCGAAGCCUUAUUAAAUGAAAUAGACAUUAUCAACAAUGCUAAUAAUGAAAAUGAUGAGGAUUACUCUGCUCAACACGACUCGCCACCCGCGGCGGCCGAUGAAACAGUGGCCCAAGAGCCCUGUUUUCUGCCAUCCCUAGAGACAUUAAGAAGCAUGUUAAAUGAAAGGGGCUCUGAAGCAGAAGGGGGGCUCCCCCCCAGCGACGAGGUCGCAUGGUCCCCCGCGGAUGCUGAAUUGUGGGAGGCCUUGUCAGACACAGAAUUUCUUCUCGAUGCUGAGGAGAUUGAAAAUGAAUUGGGGCUGGGACAAUUUGAAAAUGUUGAACAGGAAGGUGGCGGUGGUAUCGGUGACCCCCAGCCUGACGGGGUCAUUCAGCGGCGCAGAUUCAAUAACGUACAGAUUAGGCGGAUUCUAAAUAUCCCCCAUCCUAGAAACGAAGGCAAUUUCCGCGAGUACUAUGAAAAUGUAAUCGAGGGGUUUCAAAAUAUUGUGAAUGAGGCGAUACCUUACGCAGCAUGGGGAGCUUAUAUACAGGUCACCCUGCGCGCUGACUUUUUAAACGACGAGCUGUCGCAAAUUGUACGGUAUGGGGAGGGGGAGCUGACAGACUUGCAGCAACUGCUGGAUCGCCUGGUGCAGUCUAAUCAAGAGAUUUUAAACGAUUCCAACCUAGAAGUAAUCGUAGACGUAAUAAAUAUCCCACGCGGCGGGGGCGUUGGAAACAAACGUAAACUACAGACCAUGUUAGCUUCAGAAAUAAUUUCUAAAAAAGCCAGACACAUGUUUAUCAUUAAUAACAACACCAACGCGUGUUUCGCCAUAAACUUGCCGCAUCUGCUGCACGAAAACUUCACUGACGCCGAGGCUGAAAAGCUCGGCCUGGAGUUACAGGAGAAAGCGGGAUUCAGCCCCGACCACACAGUCGCGUUGAAUGACAUUAUCAAUUUCGAGAAAAUCAUUGAUUGCAAAGCAGCGGUGUAUUAUCAACAACCUUAUUCAAACAAUCUCCAAAUUUACCAGACACCCACACCUACCGACGGUAGACGGCUGGUGUAUUUCUUUUUACACAAUCAGCAUUUUUACGGCAUUAAAAGCGUAAAGGGGUUCUUAGGGGUGGGCUACGUUUGCACGAGCUGUUUCAAAGGGUUCGACUCGCCUCACAGUCAUCGGUGCGAAAAGUUCUGCAGCGUCUGUCAGACUAAUUGCAAAGAAGGUGAAAGCACACCGGCGAUACUGUGUGAGCGGUGUAAUUUCAGAUGCUUAAAUGACACAUGCUUUGAGCGUCACCGUACGCCGCGGGUCUGCCCAGUUAGGGGGGAGCUUGCUAGCCCCUGUGACAAGUUCAGAAGAUGCAAAGCUUGCGGGCUCAGAUACUACCAAAGUCCCGAGAACCCAAAACCGCACUCGUGUAAAGCAGUAAAAUGUAAUAUCUGCGACGCUAAACUCCACACACCAGAAUCAGACAUAUCCACCCCACAUCUCUGCUAUCUAAAUCCUCCCGAGAAGCCUAACAGAGGGGAACGGGCCGAAAGGGGUGAGGGGAGUAAAAAGGCCCCCGAAAGGGGUGAGGGGAGUAAAAAGGCCCCCGAAUAUGUGUUUUUUGAUUUUGAAACAUCUCAGAGGUCGGGUACCCAUAUCCCGGUUUACGUGUGCGCCAUCUCCGAUCAGAACAAGACAAUGACCGCCGAGGGGCCCGACUGCGCGCUACAGUUUCUCAGACAUUUCAGGGCGCCUUUCUAUAGAGGCGUCUGUUUCAUUAGUCACUACGGAAAGGCAUUCGAUAAUUACAUCGUACUGAACGCGAUGGUGAAGGAAGGCGUGGAACCGCGUGUGGUGUCACAGGGGAAUAAAAUCAUCCUCAUCCUGGACAGCGUGUUUGAGCAAAGGUACAUCGACAGUCACUCCUUUCUAAGCAUGCCUUUGAGAAAAAUCCCCGAUGCGAUGGGAUGCUCGACUCAGAUGCGAAAAGGCUAUUUUCCGCAUCAUUUCACAGACAUGGAAAACUUUAGUUACGUGGGGCCCUACCCCCCUCCCGAUCAAUUUGGGCCCGAUCAAAUGUCCGGCAAAGAACGCGACAAGUUUUAUCAAUGGUACGACAGUGUAAAGCACCAGACCUUUAAUUUUCACAAAGAGAUGAUCGCUUACUGUAAAAACGACGUGGAGAUUCUGAGAGAGGGCUGCUUGCGCUUCCUGCGGGAGUUUAAAACGCUCACGGCUUGCGAUCCCUUCUCAGCGGCCACCAUCGCUUCGGCCGCGUUGCUGGUUUACAGGACAAAUUUCCUCCCCAGAGAUACGAUCGCGAUCCCGGAUGUAUGGGAUUACAGGAGGCAAUACAAAAGUUAUUCGAACGUGUCCAUCCAGUGGCUGGAAUUCAUAGGGCGCACGCGCGGCAUCGAAAUUCGACACGCGCUGCGCGGGGGUGAAGUGAGUGUGGGACGCUUUCACCUAGACGGAUACGCCGAGAUAGAGGGAGAGAAAUGGGCUUUCGAGUUUCUAGGUUGUCAGUUUCACGGCUGUCCUACCUGCAACAACGAACACGAUAUCUGCCCCCUGACCCGCGAGAGCUUCGGUGCCCUGUACGUUAAAACAAGGGAAAAACUCGAGGCGUUGCACCAAGAGUUUAAUAUGAACGUGGAAUCCAUCUGGGAACACGAAUGGGCUCACGCUAAAACUCACGACCCACAGGUACAGCGUUUCCUGUCAGACUUCGAGCCCCCUGAGCCCCUAAGGCCGCGAGAAGCGCUGUUUGGGGGUCGGACGUCGGCGAUUCGCCUGCGUUACGACGUCACGGGGCAAGAGCGCGUCCACUACGUGGAUUUCACGUCGCUGUACCCGUACACUCUGGCUAAAUGUGAAUUCCCCGUGGGGCACCCUGAAAUCAUUCAUUCGAAUUUUAAGCCUCUGAAUGAAUACUUUGGCCUGAUCAAAGCCACGGUCAACACCCCCCGCGAGCUGUUUUUCCCCGUCCUACCCAGCAGACUGCCAAAUGGGAAACUAGUGUUUACCCUCUGCAGGACAUGCGCGAUCGAGAACAGACAGGAGGGGGCCUGCGGGCAUUCCGACGCAGAGCGGGAGCUGACAGGCGUCUGGGUCUCAGCGGAGGUCAAUCUGGCUUUAGAGAGGGGCUAUUCGGUGGUGAAGGUGCACGAAGUGUGGCAUUUUCCCCAGACCAGCGGGGAGCUGUUUAGAGAUUACAUUAAAACCUUUCUCAAAGUGAAGCAGCAGGCUUCGGGCUACCCCGACGACGCGACCGAUGACGAGGGUCGCAGGGGGUACAUAAAAAACUAUCUCGAGCGUGAGGGGAUCGAAUUGGAGCCCGAUAAGAUAGUGUCUAACGAGGGGAAGAGGCAGGUGUCCAAACUUCUGCUUAACUCCCUGUGGGGUAAACUGGCGCAGAGGAGCAACAUGCUCCAGACAUGCUUAGUGUCUGACCCGGGGGAGUUUUUUAAUUUUUUCUGCUCGGACCUGUAUGAGAUUUCCAGCUUCGCGUUUGUCAACGACGAGGUCGCCCUCAUCCGCUGGCGUUACAAGUCUUCCUACAAAGUGCCGCCGGGAAAGACUAACAUAUUCAUAGCCUGUCAAACUACCGCGUGGGGCCGGUUGACGCUUUACAAAGAACUGGAAAAAUUGGGGCGGAGGGUGCUGUAUCACGACACCGACAGCAUCGUGUACAUAAGCAGGCCUGGUGAAUAUGAGCCGACCUUAGGCAAUUACCUGGGCGAGCUGACGUCCGAAUUAGCCCCAGACGAAUACAUUGCUUCGUGGGGUGCGCUGGGACCAAAAAGUUACUGUUACCGACUCAACAACGGGAAAACACAAAUGAAAUGUAAGGGUAUAACUCUAAAUUACGAAACCUGUCAAAAGGUAAACUUUGACAGUAUGAUCGGAUUGAUUGAAAACUACAUCGGAGGCUGUAGGAAUAACCCCACUAUAAUGACGCACUACAACAAAAUCGAACGCGACAUGAAAAGUUUUCGCCUGUUUAAUAGGCCUCUAGAUAAAAAGGUCAGGGUCGUCUACGACAAACGCAGAUUGCUGACUAGCGGGGAAACUCUGCCUUUUGGUUACUGAAAUGUAAAACUAGCAGCAUGGUCUUUAAAAACCUGUUAAAGUUUUUUCAAACAUGUUCAUUUGUUUUAAACUGAAAAGUUUUUCCAAAGAUGUUUUUUAAAAAUCAAAGAUGUACAACUGUUUUAAAA